AUGAGAAGAUGUGGUCCAACACCAGCUUUGACUAUCUUCGUCGCUUACGCUCCAACAUCAAGCUACGAUGAAGAAGAAGUCGAAGCUUUCUAUAUGGACCUGGAGAAGUUCUACCGAGAAGAUCAUGUUUUCUACAAGGUCAUAAUUGGCGAUUUCAACGCCAAAGUUGGCCCAAGAAGAACGCCGGAGGAACUUCACAUCGGGACCCACGGCCUACAAUGGAAUGACCAGGGGGAGAGGCUCUCCGAGUUCAUCAUGACACUAAGACCUUCCAUGGGAAUUCGCAAUUCCAGAAGCCCUCCUCUCUACGCUGGGCGUGGGAGCCACCAGGUGGAGGGUACCGCAAUGAAAUAG